CUAGGGAACUAGGGAAGUGCUUUAUCGCAUCACACGCUCCACCCCUAGCGUGUUUAUUAUAGCCCCUUUCUCUCUACUCUGUGCAAUCUACUGAUAGUUUGAGGAUUGUUACGCACGGGUGCUUCAGGCUCUUUGGCUCCCACCACGCAUCUACAAUAUCUGCAUAGUAGAACGCCAACCAUGGCUCCCUCUCUGACACAGGUCUCGUCGAACAAGCAUUUCGAGGGCACGCUGACCAAGUACAAGUUCAAGUCCUCGGCGCUCGGGGACCUCGACGCCGCGUUCAACGUUUUUCUCCCCGCUAACGCUGCGUCCGCCAAGGUGCCCGUGCUCGUCUACCUCGCUGGGCUGACCUGCACGGAGGACAACGGCGCCCAAAAAGGCUCCUUCAUGAAAGACGCCGCGCAAGAGGGCAUCGCGCUCGUGUUCCCCGACACCUCCCCGCGCGGCGCCAACGUCCCCGGCGAGGACGACAGCUGGGACUUUGGCAGCGGCGCCGGCUUCUACGUCAACGCGACGCACCCCGCCUGGUCAAAGCACUACAACAUGCGCGCCCACGUCGCGCAGGAGCUCCCCGCCGUCAUCGAGGCCGCCGGCAUCCCCAUCGACUGGUCACGCCAAUCCAUCUUCGGCCACUCGAUGGGCGGCCACGGCGCUCUCACGCUCUACCUCCAGUCCUUCCUCCCGCCCGCCGCCGGCCCGGGCCCCAACGAGCGCCAGUACCGCUCCGCGUCCGCCUUCUCGCCCAUCUGCAACCCGACGAUCGCGCCGUGGGGCACAAAGGCGUUCAGCGGCUACCUCGAGGGCGGCAUUGAGGAGGCGCGCAACGUAUACGACGCUACGCAGCUCAUCUCGCGUGUCAAGGAGAACGUGCAUAUUCUGAUCGACUAUGGCACCGCGGACAACUUCUUAUUCCAGCUGAACCCUGAUAACUUCCUCAAGGCCGCCCGCGAAGCUGGCCAUGACGAUGUUCAAGUGCGGGUCAGGAGCCAGGAAGGAUAUGACCACAGUUACUACUUCAUCUCGACGUUCGCAUCGGAUCACAUCCAUUUCCACGCAAACUUUCUUAAGGCCUGAAUCACGUUCUUUUCUUUGAACUGUGGAAGAGAAGUCAACGCCUAUGUAUCAUCGUAUUAUCGUUGUAUAUUAGCAACAGGAAUUAGCAGGCCACAGAAUUCACUAGAGUCAAGAAAG